CUGGCUACGGGCAAGGGCUACCAAAAUUGUACGGCUCCAAAACAAGUCUUCUUUCAACCUAGAGACUCAGGGCGAGACGCUUAUUUCAACCUGUGCAAGUUUUGUAAUAAUACUGCAGAAAAGGCCAAAUCGCAUUUUGAAAGAAAGAAGAAGGAUUUUUAAAUAUUGCGAACUAGGCUAGUUUUAGACGUUUUUAUGAUGGCUGGACAAGUGAAGCAGGUAGAAAGCGACUCACAUUUCCAACCAGAACUAGCAAGUGCGGAAUCAAGCCUUGUUGUGGUCGAUUUUUAUGCCACAUGGUGUGGUCCAUGUCAAAGAAUUACACCAGUGUAUGUGGAGCUCAGUCAGAAAUACCCCAAAGCAGUUUUCCUGAAGGUUGACGUAGAUCAGUGUCCGGACACUGCAAGUGCCCAUGGGGUGACAGCCAUGCCCACUUUUCUGUUUUUCCGAAACAAGGCAAAGAUUGACAUGCUUCGGGGAGCAGAUGUUAAUCUGCUAGAGGAAAAGAUCAAGAAAUGGUACGGAGAUGAGGACGAAGGAGAUGAAGGAGAGACAGUUGUUAAGGGGCAUAUGGACUUGGGUACAUUUAUAAAUAAAGCAGGAUGUGAGUGUCUUAAUGAGGCAGAUGACCAUCCCUUAACUCAUGCACUCACAACUAAAGGUGGCUACUUAGAGUCUGACUGUGAUGCCCAACUAAUUAUAAACAUAGAAUUUAACCAGGCUAUGAAGUUACACUCCUUGAAGCUGUAUGGACCACCAGGGAAAGCUCCUAAAAAUAUAAAAAUAUUUACGAAUCAGCCCAGCACAUUAGACUUUGACCAAGCAGAAAGUAUGGAGCCUGUCGAAUCAAAAGAGUUAACUGAGGCAGAUGUUGCAACAAACUCACUUAUUCCACUGAGAUAUGUAAAAUAUCAAAAUGUCCUUAGUUGCACGAUAUUUAUCAAAGACAACCAAGAAGGCGGAGAAGUGACUCAGGUGGACUAUAUCGGCUUAAUAGGAUCUGCUGUACAGACAACUAACAUGGGAGAGUUCAAACGAGUUGCUGGGAAAAAGGGGGAAAGCCACUGAGAUGUAAUCUGGAUACCCAAACAUUAAGGACUAUAAUACAUGUUAUCGCAAGUUUUUAUAUGAUGAAAUAGAGAUUCCAGAUAAAUGAACUUCCUCUUUCAAAGGCUUUUAAUUAUGUUGGAUUUUAUCCUAUUUGGUCGAGUUUCUGAAACCUUGAGGUAUAUGAGGCCAUAUAUGGAAACUCCUAUAUACGUGAUGUUACUGUCAAUUUGAUUUCCAUGUAUUAAACUAGAUAACAGCAACACCAAGACGUAGCAAAUCCCAUCAAAGGUCUAAUGAGUACCAGACAACACUGCUAGAAAUCAGGUCUUAAAAUAGCUGC